GUUAUGACAACUGGAGGGUUGUUGAGAAACCUACAAGAUGACACAGAAGGAGGAAUUCCUGCACAAAACACAGGAUGAAAAGUAGAGUGUGAGUUUUGUUGCAAGUAGCCAAGUAUGAGCAUCUCGCACAGAAUGCAAUCAGACUUUAUUAAUAUUCCUUAUAAUCCUUGGCUGCUUGCUCUUUAUAUUUUCAGUAGCUCUUCUAAUAAAAUGAAUUUUCUCCCACACUAAAGUAAAAUCUCUGCUCUCGCAGUGGUUUGAACUGAGGAAAUAAUGAAGAAGAAAUUAAAGAAAUGGACAAACCUGAUGAGCCCGACCAGGUUGGGUUCACCUUCGAUGACCAGAAUUCUAUACUAAAUAACAGUUUUUACUCUCUUCGAGAAAAUGGAUUUCGAUCUUAUCAAGCCCCAUCUCGGUUAGAUUACUCUAAAUAUACAAAUUUCAAGGGGAAAUAAGGUUAAUUAUGAAGAACUCAAACUUAAUAGAAUGCCUCCUGCAGAGCCUGACUUCAUGGAGGUAAAUUCGAACAAUCUCGUCCGAAAAUAAGAACUCUAAGAAGGUAAAGAGAGCCCGAAGGGCUAAGAAAAUCCCAUCUGAUCACAUAAUUGAUGAGCGGAAGCAAAGCAGCGAGGAGAGUGAGAAACUUGAAAAGAUCAAGGUCUUCGAACUCCCUGAUAAUUAUGAGAAGAAGAAAAGGAAGCGGAAUAGUGGCUCUAUUCAUCUCGAUUCUGAAAAUUUAGACUUCAGCAGUGAGCAUAACAUCUCCAAAGAAAAUCUUCCUUCUGGUCUUGAAAGAGAAUUUGUAGAUGACUCUAAAGAGAACGGUGAAAGCUUGAUGAUCGGAAAUCAAGGAAAGAUUGCAAAAAGGUAACAAUUUUUAUUCCAUGAUUGCCCAGAUAUUUCA